UGUUGGAAAAGGUCGUUUUCUAAAGUUUUUGUCAGCUUUCAGGGGAGGUUGACUAUCGUGCGCUGGUGCUUUCGAGUCCAUUUCAAACCGAUCUUGACCUAUGGACUACUUUACCGCGCUGUUGUAGAUGAUUUAUUGUUCAACAAAAAAGGGAUCGGCUAAGGAUGAGACGCGUAUCCGGAAAGGGGCUUCGAAAACUUUGAAACAUUCCUCGUCACUUGAAUCAGUCAAUCAGUUAAACGGCCGUGUGUCCAGUUCUUUUUCUUCCUGUAGUGUGUCUUGGCUGGGAUCAGUCAAUUCCAGCGUGGUAAAAAGCCUUUAUGGCAGGAAUAGUCAGUAUGAGGGAGUACAAAGUGGUGAUGUUAGGUAGUGGUGGCGUUGGGAAAAGCGCCUUGACUGUCAAAUUCGUGUCUGGGACGUUCAUGGAAAAAUAUGACCCGACAAUCGAGGAUUUUUACCGUAAAGAGAUCGAAGUAGACAACGCUCCGUCUGUGCUGGAGAUAUUAGACACGGCUGGCACAGAACAAUUCGCCUCGAUGAGGGACCUGUACAUAAAAAACGGCCAAGGUUUUGUAAUCGUCUACAGCAUUACCAGUUUACAGACGUUCCAAGACAUCAAGACUAUGCGAGAGCAAAUCAUUCGAGUAAAAGGUGAAGAAAAAAUCCCAAUGUUACUUGUGGGUAACAAAAGUGACUUAGAACAUCAGAGGGAAGUCCCCACGACUGAGGCGAGCAGUUUGGCUCAACAGUGGGGAUGCCCAUUUCUAGAGGCAUCCGCUAAAAAUACUCAAAAUGUGAACGAAGUGUUCAUAGAAAUAGUUCGAGAGAUGAACACUAGUCCUGUCAAGAAGAGGGGUGGUCGGUGCUGCUGUAUACUCUGAGGAAUUAAAUGAUUCAUCCAUACUUUUUUACCAGCCUUUUUCAUACCAGAGACGCCAUUCUUGAGUACACGUUACACACAUGGACAUCCAUGUGUGGCUGAGAGUGGAUCAUGGUGACUGAGAGUGCCCUGUUUGAAGAUUGAGACAGUCACAGAUGAAUAUUUCCUUGUGGCAAACCAGCUGUCAGGAUGAGGAUGAUGAUGCAUUGUGGGAAGUCUGACCGAAUCACGCAUCUGUGUGUAUGUAGUAGCUGCUGUUUUCAGGAUUAGAAGUAUGAUUGGGCGUCAUUUUGACUCGGUCAUGUCCUGUAUUGGAUUUGUUAAGUCAUCCAGUAAGUCACAUGAUUAUUAAACCUCAGCAAACUGGAAGUUUCUUAGCUCUGAUUUUAAAAGAGCUCACAGAAGAAAAAAACAAAUAAGCCCGUUCUCCACAAGUGACAUUUAACACUUGGAUAUUAUUAUAUUUUGCGUGCACAACGACAAUAAGAACAGAAUACAUGAAGAACGAUCACUCUAACAAUGACAAAAGUCUCAGUCCCCGAAAAGAAGAAAAUGAAGCAACAGUCACCGAUUAGUUUCAGAAUUCAUGUGAAUAUACAUGUACAUGUAAGCUUAAUUUAAUUAAUUCACAGCUUCGUAUAAGCUUCCUGUCUGUGACUUCAGUUUUCGGCUACUGUUCCUCGUACAGCUGAAAACCUGUCAGUGGUUGUCAAGGCCUGGGAGUUCCUACGUCACUGUCAUUGCCAGUGUCUGCCUUCUCGACUGUUUCCAUCUAUUGGAUAUGUUAUGUAAGCAGACUUGCAUGUCAGAUCUCAAUCCCGAGACCCUGUGUCUUUUAAAAACCGGAAUUACGAAGCCUCACUUGGAGGUAUCUACAUGGUAGAUCCAGCCUGGACAGAUCUUCAAUUAAGUGAAAUGCAUGUUCCUGUCAGUUUUGGUGUUAUGGUUUAUUGCUUUAUAUGCCUCUGUGUUGAAAAGGAAAGUCUAGCAAUAACUGUUUCCAUCCCCUCAUGCACAGUUUUUAAUUCUGGUUCAACUCAUUUUGUACCAACCAAAUGUAAACCAUUUUUUUGGCGCUUGCCUUGCGGUCGGUUGUAUCAACCAGCCCAGUGUCAUUAUCACCUUUACUCUGUCAUUAUUUACCUGGCAUUGUGUCAUUAUCAGCCUGUAUUGUUGCCAUUAUCAGCCUUGCCAGGUGUUAUUAUUUAAACAAAUUCUCUGUCAAUUAUCAACUUCACGCUGUUUCAGUAUCAGUCUUUACUCUUCUUCAUUAUCAGCCUUUACUCUGCUUCAUUAUCAGUCUUACUCUGGGUAACUGUUAACCUUAAAUAGUCUGUGCCACUAUUUAUUCUUUUAUAUUUUAAUUCAGCCUUAUUAUGUAUGAACGUCUAGUUCAUUUAAUAUCUGAGAUGUCUUCAAGCGUACAUAUGCAGUUAACAGCUAUUUGUGUUGGGAGUAGCAUAGAAAUACUUGUAAGAUUUUCUUACAGAGGCCAUUGUAGACAUUCAGAGAAAUAUGAAUUCGCUUUCUGACAGAUUUACUAUGUACUUGAACCAUUUACAAUCCUGCUUUUUUGCUGUUAUCAGUUGCCUUUAUCCAGCAAUGGCUGAAGGCAUAUCCCUUGACUCUCAAUUUUUUUUUCUGUAAGAACAGCAGUAAUGACAGGUGGCCAUCCACAUUUUCCUCUAAUUUUUUACUUGUGGGCUUUUUGGACUGAAGCAUGAUGUACAUGCACAGUGAUAAAUGUCUGAUUUGUUUGUUUUGAUACAUGAACACAUGUACUGUUUGUACUUGGCCUUAAGUCUGUUACAAAACAAACAGUAUAACAAUCCCGGAUUUGGAGGCCUCAGGAUGAUGGAGUAUAACUGUAGAUGAUCAUGUGAAUUUCAUUUGGGCUCAUGCCAAAUUUACUCUGUAACCUGUACAUCCUGAAA